GACAUCCCCACUGCUACCGCAACGCGCAGCGCAAAUGCCGCUGGCCGCUCCCCCUCGGUCCGAUAGCAGUACUGCUGCUAGUAGUACUAGCAGUGACAGUACGGGCAGUGGAAACAGUACUGGCAGUGGCAGCAGCACGGACAGUGGAAACACACGAGCCCCCCCACCUGCCGGGCUGCCGCCGCCUCUGGGUGCUCAACCAGCUCUGGGUGCUGGCGUUCGAUGGCAACCAGUUUGUUACGGAGGAGGCAUGGCGACUCAUAGUGAAGGCGGCUGACCGCCACGAGAAGAAGGGCCUCAAGGUGUUCAAGGUGCCCAUGUACCGCGUGUACGAGCCGCAGUCUCCAGCGUGGCUCAACGCCUC